CUUUGUGAAGAUCGGUUUUUUGGAAAAUCCACUGACAUCGAUUUCAUUCAGGCAAAUGGAUUGGACUCGAUAGACUCGAUUUCGAUUGGACUACUACAUCACCAGAAUUUAUUUUGUCAGCUUGCAGGUGGAUGAGAUGAUUCAAACUCCUCGAAUUUCAACGAAGAAGGUAUGAUCAUUUAUAGAGUAACGGAUUGUCUUUAAGGUGUGUUAAUUCUCAGCAAAGAUGGGUGACAGUAAAGAUGAUUCAAACUCCUCGAAUUCCAACGAAGAAGGUAUGAUCAACGUAUCGUGGAAAGAAUUGAAAAAAAUGAUGAAAUCGCAGUUUCCUAAUCACAAAGAGCUCCAUGAAGCUUACAAAGCUGUGAAGGCAGAGUUUCGGAAGCGCGAGAAAAAAAUUGUAGAACUACAGGUCAAGUUGUCAAUAAAAGAAAAAACUGAAAAGGAAUUGCUGGAUAAGGUUAUAAUAUUAUCGCAACGAGAAGGAAUUUUAGAAACAGACAAAGUUAACCUUCUACGUGAACAGUUACCGCUGCGAGGUAUGAUGGCUCUCCGAAAGAAAAUUGAAAUGUUGGAAAUCUGUUUCGCCAUCACCUGUGAAUUUGCUGUUGCAGAAAUGCAAAAGGAAAUUAUUUCUUACGUGAAGAAUAAAAAAGACGAGGCUAUGAAUGAAAUCCACAAAAAACUGGAAAAACUUGCUCAAGAAAAAAGAAUGGAAGCGUUGAACUAUUUCAAUCAAACCACUACAAAAAGUUUGGCUGAAUUUAUGUUUUCGCACUGGAAACAAAGUGUUCAGAAAAAUUUGGAAUCAUGUUCACUUUUGGAUAAUGAAUGUAAAAAAAUUAUCGGAGAUCUUAUUUUAGACACCAAAAAAGAAUUAGACGAUAUAAAUAUGUCUGAUCAGUAUCCAGUACAGUUUGAUGACAGAUUUAUCAAAUGGAUGUUCUACCUGCUAUUCAGUCAGGACAGAAGAGCGAAAGCCAUUAGGACAUCCAUAAAUGAUGAUCCGGAAUUAGAUUUGUUCUCAUUUUGUUGUUCAGUUGCAGAUCUAUAUGCUUUAAGCUCGACGUACCAUCUAGGAUCGUCAUCGAUUAUCGACCAAAACACUGUUAGUGUUGGUGAUAUUUUGUCAACAUUACGGAUACAUUUAGAAGUUGACGAUGUUAUUUCCUUGAAGUCGGCGGAAAUUUUAUUAAAUACUUUUACCUUUUUAUAAAACUAAAAAAUAGAUAGGAACUAUAUAAAUGUAUGUUUUUAAAAACAUUAAUUGGAAAAUAUAAUUUUUGAAAUUCCUUUUUUA